CCGAACACCAAGCCAUCUAAAGUUGCUUUCUUUCUUUCUUCCUUAAUGCUCUUGGGUUUCUGCUUCGAACCCACGACGAGAAUCCUGGAAGAACGUGCAUAUCCAUGCCUGCCGGAUAAUAUAAACUACUCAGUGGCCACAUCAGUCUUUGCUAGAAUACAACUCAUUCUUCCAUUAUACAAUAAUGCCAUCGCUUUAGCUUCACAAUUGUAUCAACAAGAACAGUUGAAGACAAAAAAUAUGCUCAAAUUCCGGUUUAUAAUCAGCCCCUCCGUUUCCUCCCCUAUCUUUCAUCCCCCCAAUUUGUCUCCCAAACCCAUUAAUCUUCUUCUGAGAUCGCAAAUGGGUUCCUACUCCACUUCCUCACAGUCACAGCAGAAGCUCUUGUUUCGCCAGCUCUUGGAGAAGGAAUCCUCCACCUACACUUACCUCCUCGCGGACUUCUCCCACCCAGAUAAACCGGCUGUUUUGAUUGAUCCUGUGGACAAGACUGUUGAUAGAGACUUAUCUCUUGUUAGAGAAUUGGGGCUGAAGCUUAUCUAUGCCAUGAACACUCAUGUGCAUGCCGAUCAUGUCACCGGAACUGGCCUUAUCAAGGGUAAGGUACUGGGUUUGAAAUCUGUUAUUUCAAAAGCAAGUGGUGCCAAGGCUGACCUUCUGGUUGAAGCUGGUGAUAAAGUCCAAUUUGGUGACCUCUUUCUUGAGGUCCGUGCUACUCCUGGCCAUACAUUGGGUUGUGUUACCUAUGUCACUGGAACUGAACCAAAUCAACCUCAACCAAGGAUGGCUUUCACUGGAGAUGCUUUAUUAAUUCGCGGAUGUGGCAGGACAGACUUUCAGGGUGGAAGUUCCCAGCAACUCUACAAGUCAGUGCAUUCACAGAUUUUUACAUUGCCCAAGAACACAUUGAUAUAUCCUGCUCAUGAUUACCGAGGAUUCACGGUUAGCACAGUGGAAGAAGAGAUGCAAUACAAUCCUCGCCUAACAAAGGAUGAGGAAACAUUCAAAAGCAUCAUGGAGAAUCUCAACCUGUCAUAUCCUAAGAUGAUGGAUAAAGCAGUCCCUGCAAAUAUGGUUUGCGGGUUGCAAGAUUCAGCUUCUGUAUCCUCCUGAGCCUUUGGGAAUUGUGAGUCGAUGUAUAUACUAAAUAAUGCAUAGAUACCAACUCAUAUUAUAGAGUGGUAGAUUUUAUGGUGGAGUAAAAUAACAGGUGAUUGAAAGCCUGUGACUUUGCAUGUCAUAAGCGGUGCCAGUGCAGAAGUUGCCUUCCUUCUGGUCUGCAGUAGUGGCUGAGCAUUGUAUCACUGGAAAUCUGAAUCAAUAAUAGCAAUCCCUGUAAUCACUUUCAUGUGAUGCCUCUACGUUCCAACUUUUAACGUUUUCUUCCUCUCUUUGUUUGAUUUGAAUGGUUGGGUUAUAAUAAAUAUUUGUUCAUUAC